UUUUCCUAAGCCUCGUUCCUGAAAAAGGAAACAAGAAGGAUGGGUUUGUUUGGGAAAACUCCAGAGAAAUCACCCAAAGAUAUGGUGAAAGAAUGGUCAUCAAAGCUUAGAAAGGAGGGAUACAAUAUCGAUAGACAGAUCAGAGGUAUUCAGAGAGAGGAAGAAAAAGUGAAAAGAUCCUUAAAGGAUGCAGCCAAAAAGGGACAAAAAGACGUGUGUAACAUCCUAGCAAAAGAAAUCAUAAGGUCAAGAAAAGCAAUAAGCAGAAUGUAUGCAGCUAAGGCCCAGAUGAACUCUGUUAUGAUGAGCAUGAAGAACCAAGAAGCCACUGUACGCCUGACAGGUGCCCUAGAAAAGAGCACAGAGGUGAUGAAUAGUAUGCAGCAGCUUGUAAAGUUACCUGAAAUACAGGCAACUAUGAUGGCCAUGUCAAAAGAAAUGAUGAAGGCUGGCAUUCUAGAAGAAAUGUUAGAUGAUACAUUUGAAUCAUUAGAAAGUGAUGAUCUGGAGGAAGAAGCAGAAGAAGAAGUUGAAAAGGUUUUGUUUGAACUCACAUCAGGUGAGUUGGGCAAAGCUCCAGCAGCUGUUAGUGACACAUUACCUACACCAGAGGUGGAAGAAGAGGAGGAGGAGGAAGAAGACAUUUCAGAUAUGCAAGCCAGACUGCAGGCUUUAAAAAGUUGACUUCAUUGGUUUCACAUGCACUAUGUAAUAGCCAAUUGUGUACAUAGUUAUUUGCAAAGCAGUGUAAUGUUAAGAUAUAUUCUAGUGAAGAUACUCUGCUGUCAGUUGUGAAACAAAAAGGGUAAUAUAUGGAGCUUUGUACUUGAAUAUUAAGACUUGUAAUAUAUGGAUCUUGCUUUUAAUUUCAAUAUUAAGAUUUGGCAAAAGGAAACAAAAUUGGCUGUUUCAUUUGAAUGGGAUGAAUGUUAUCUGUACAUAUAAAUAUCUUGUAAAUAUUUGAUUAUUUUACCAGCCUGUACUCAAAUGUUUUAUCAAUCGUCUUGCUCUAUGGCAAUUAGCUAGAGUUCUUAUGUUUCAUAUUCUGGUUAGAAAUGUAAAGUAGACAACUGCAGUUCUGCAGCGAUGGAUCCGCAUAGAAGUUGCCUCUUCUUCUACCAACGUUGAUGAAAUUGAGGUCACAUUAAAUGGUAAUGACAUGGGACCAACCUGCAGAACUAACAGCAUCAAUUUUUCUCCAAAGAAUUCAGUUUUCCUGACAAGCUUUAGUCUAGGUGCCUGACUGGUGGAAUGCAUGUGGCAUGCGUGAACGUAGAAUCAAACAGCUGCAAAGACUGGCAAAAAAGGUUAGACACUAGCUUUGAACCACAUGUUGUAUAUCCAUUGUAGUUCAUUUGUGGCAUUGGGGCAAUAGAUAACAAGUGUUCCCAAAAUUGACCUAGGUUGUGUCGUUUACACAGUGCAAUAAACACUUCCCAUAUUCCAACAGCUCUAAUAAUGAAAAAAAUGUAAUAUAUCGGAAAAAAAUCAGAUGUGUAUAUCCUUGGCAUGCACCAUCUGCCAGAGUCACUGCACAAAGCGUACCUCCUCCCUAUGAUUUCAUUUUAUUACAGUGUUUAAAGGGCCUAAGUGAUGUAAUUCUACAUAGUAAUUAAAUGUUUCUAAUACCUUCAGUAAAUUUUACCCACUCUUCUCUAAUUCAUAUUUAGGAUUUACCUUUGUAAUUAUCAAUUUUGUAAAUCCUGCAAGAUCGAGUUGCAUGGCUGGUCCAUUAUUUUGUGUAUUGAAAGUGGCUGGUUUUUGACAGUAGUGGAGACGGAGUUGUAGAGAGGAGAAAGAAAAUAAAUUAUGAACUGGUCA